ACGUGCCCAACGGGCGAGGCGGGGCGGGGCGUCGCGCGCGGUGGGGGCGGGGUAUGGCGCGCUGUGCGGCGCAGGGCGGCUGGCACAAACGGCGGCGCCGGGGCCGGAGGAAAAAGCUUGCCACCCUGAAGGGUCCCUUCCCAAGCCCUUAGGGACGGCAGAGGACCUGGGGACCAGCAAGCAACCCCCAGGGCACCAGAAGAGCUCUUGCUGUCUGCCCUGCCUCACCCUGCCCCACGCCAGGCCUGGUGGCCCCCAGCUGCAUCAAGAGGCAGAGGAGGAGGCGGAGGAGGGUGGCACCAUGGGCCCGGGCGGUGCCCUCCAUGCCCGGGGGAUGAAGACACUGCUGCCAUGGACAGCCCGUGCCAGUCGCAGCCCCUAAGUCAGGCUCUCCCUCAGUUACCAGGGUCUUCGUCAGAGUCCUUGGAGCCUGGCCGGGCCAGGAUGGGGGUAGAGAGUUACCUGCCCUGUCCCCUGCUCCCCUCCUACCACUGUCCAGGAGUGCCUAGUGAGGCCUCAGCGGGGAGUGGGACUCUCAGAGCUACAGCCACCUCUACCACUGCCAGCCCCCUUCGGGACGGUUUUGGCGGGCAGGAUGGUGGUGAGCUGCGGCCACUGCAGAGUGAAGGCGCUGCAGCGCUGGUCACCAAGGGGUGCCAGCGACUGGCAGCCCAGGGCGCCCGGCCUGAGGCCCCCAAACGGAAAUGGGCCGAGGAUGGUGGGGAUGCCCCUUCACCCAGCAAGCGGCCCUGGGCCAGGCAAGAGAACCAGGAGGCAGAGCGGGAGGGUGGCAUGAGCUGCGGCUGCAGCAGUGGCAGUGGUGAGGCCAGUGCUGGGCUGAUGGAGGAGGCGCUGCCCUCUGCACCUGAGCGCCUGGCCCUGGACUAUAUCGUGCCCUGCAUGCGGUACUACGGCAUCUGCGUCAAGGACAGCUUCCUGGGGGCAGCGCUGGGCGGCCGCGUGCUGGCCGAGGUGGAGGCCCUCAAACGGGGUGGGCGCCUGCGAGACGGGCAGCUAGUGAGCCAGCGGGCGAUCCCGCCGCGCAGCAUCCGUGGGGACCAGAUUGCCUGGGUGGAAGGCCAUGAAGCAGGCUGCCGAAGCAUUGGUGCCCUCAUGGCCCACGUGGACACCGUCAUCCGCCACUGCGCAGGGCGGCUGGGCAGCUAUGUCAUCAACGGGCGCACCAAGGCCAUGGUGGCGUGUUACCCAGGCAACGGGCUCGGGUACGUAAGGCACGUUGACAAUCCCCACGGCGAUGGGCGCUGCAUCACCUGUAUCUAUUACCUGAAUCAGAACUGGGACGUUAAGGUGCAUGGUGGCCUGCUGCAGAUCUUCCCUGAGGGCCGGCCGGUGGUAGCCAACAUCGAACCACUCUUUGACCGGUUGCUUAUUUUCUGGUCUGACCGGCGGAACCCCCACGAGGUGAAGCCAGCCUAUGCCACCAGGUACGCCAUCACUGUCUGGUAUUUUGAUGCCAAGGAGCGGGCAGCAGCCAAAGACAAGUAUCAGCUAGGUACCUGCUUCCCUCCCUCCAGUCCUUCCUAUUCCGUGGGCCCUGUUGGGCCUCACGCCACCCCAUCCCCCUCAUCAGCCUCUUGUUAAAUCUCACCACUCAUUUUUCUUCAUCUCUGCCCACCUUCCUUAGACAGUCCACUCUUCUGGUACCCCAACAGGAGCCCCAUUUCUUCCUGGUGCUCUCCCCAUUUCCCCAGGUUUCCCUUGGCUUUUUUGUCCCUCUCCUGAUGACUCACUGUCUCCUGUCCCCUCUCACCCCCAGCAUCAGGACAGAAAGGUGUCCAAGUACCUGUAUCACAGCCGCCUACGCCCACCUAGUGGCCAGUCCCAGAGCCGCAUGGCAGACAGCUUGCCCUGACUUCAGGAGAGCCCUGGGCCUGUAUUGGCUGCUCCUUCCCUGCCACCGCUGCUGCUUCUGACUUUGCCUCUGUCCUGCCUGGCGUGGAGGGCUCUGUCUGUUGCUGAGGACCAAGGAGGAGAAGAGACCUUUGCUGCCCCAUGAUGGGGGCUGGGGUUGUGACCUGGACAGGGGGCAGCCUUGGAGGCAACCGUUACCAACUGAAGCUGGGGCCUGGGUCCUACCCUGUCUGGUCAUGACCCCAUUAGGUGUGGAGAGCUGGGAGGAGGCAUUGUCACUUCCCACCAGGAUGCAGGACUUGGGGUUGAGGUGAGUCAUGGCCUCUUGCUGGCAGUGGGGUGGGAGGAGUACCCCCAAACCUUCUCACUCCUCCAGCCUGGAAUGUGAAGUGACUCCCCAACCCCUUUGGCCAUGGCAGGCACCUUUUGGGACUGGGCUGCCACUGCGUGAGCAGAGUAAAAGGUGCCAGGAGGAGCAUGGGUGUGGAAGUCCUGUCAGCCAAGAAAUAAAAGUUUACCUCAGAGCUGCACA